UCCCCAAAGAAGGGCAGGCUGGUGCCCCUCAGGUUUAAGCCAGCAGAUGCUGAAGCGCAUUCUCAGAGGGUGAAGUUUCUUUCCCUCUUCUGGGCAGCCCUUCGCGUCCCGACCCCGCCUGCACCGGCUGGAGCCGCCAGUGAUGCCGGAGGACGGCUCCGGGUGCCCCGUGCGCCGCCUGCCCUGGCCUUGCGGCACGAAGGCUGUUUUUAGCCUGUUUUUUGUUAUGAUGCUCUGCUUGGUCGGCUACCUGGUCCUCCCAGCGCGCCAGCAGCAGCAGCAGCAGCAGCUCGAGCCACCUGGGUGGGACAUAGCUGAGCUCCAGCUGAACCACACAGGACCUCGGCAGGACCCCAGGCUGUACUGGCAGGGGGGCCCAGCCCUGGGCCGCACCUUCUUGCACGGAGCAGAGCUGGACGACGGGCAGCUGCGUGUCCACCGCAAGGGCAUCUACAGGCUGCACAUCCAGGUGACAUUGGCCAACUGUCCCUCCAGGCACACCACCGUGCCCCGCAAUGCCACCCUAACCGUGGGCAUCUGCGCCUCCGCCACCUACAGCCUCAUGCGCCUCCCCUUCAACCAAGAUUGCACCGUUUCCUCCCAGCGCCUGACGCCUCUGGCCCUCGGGGACACCCUCUGCACCAACCUCAGUCUGCCACUGCUGCCCUCACAAAAUGCUGAUGAGACCUUCUUUGGCAUUCAGUGGGUGCACCCCGGAGCAUAGCUCCUGGUUUAGGUUGGUUGUUUUUUUUCUUUUUCCUUCUGUUUUUCUGUAAUUUUUUCCCCUAUUUUAUCCUUGGUUUAUCUGCCUGCCAGGACAGAAAACAGCUUACCUGGGUGGCUGUCUCUCAAAGCAAAAGAUGCAGAUAACCUACCCAGUCUUCCUUAAAGCCAUCCAGAUCAUCAAAAACAAGGCAAGUUUGAGAAACUGUCACCACCCAGAGGCACCUAAGGAGAUGUGAUGGCUAAAUGUCAUGUGGAAUCCUGGGUCAGAAAAAGGACAUUAGGUAAAAGCCAAGGAUAUGCAAAUAAACUGUAUACUCUAA